AUGGAUGCAGGACUUCAAAGACAUUAUCCUCUUCAUUUAGGUUCUUUUAUAGGGCACAUUCAAAUUGUGAAAUCAGCGUUAAUGGCAAAUUCAGAUAUCUGUUUGAUUCCUGGCAAUGAUGACAAACUUCUUAUACAAUUGGAAGUGAUUAUUGAGGAGAUGAAAAGUGCCAAACCGUGUUCCAUUCAAAAGAUUGGUGAUGAUGGAUCUAUAUUGCACUUGUGUGUUAGGUAUAAUCAUUUUGAGGCUCUGAAAUACAUAGUGCAAUCAGUGAAUGGAGCCAAAGAGCUAUUGCAUGUUCAAGACAAAGAGGGUAACACCAUUCUUCAUUGGGCAGUUAACCUCAAGCAAUUUCAGACCAUAAAAUUCUUGCUUUCACUUCCCGAAAUAAGAGCAACAGCAAACACUUUGAAUAAUAGAGGUUUCACACCUUUGGAUAUAAUGAACAACAAUUCUUCAACAGAUUUCAUAGACAUUGCAAUCCAAUAUAUUUUAACAGAAUCGGGAGUCCAAAGAACUUAUACAAAUGCACAUAUUUGUAAUUCCCAUGAAUCAAAUCAAUCACAACAACCCAACAGUAAAACAAAAAAGUGGGAGAAUUUAUGGUCAGAGUAUCUACAACAUCAAGGUAAUUGGAUAGAAGAAACACGUGGCACAUUGAUGAUUGUAGCAACUGUAAUUGCAACCAUGACAUUUCAAUCGGCAUUAAAUCCACCAGGUGGAGUAUGGCAAGAGAAUACACUUCAGAAUAAGGUUAUAAUGUGGAUAUUAACUAUUGCAAUGACUAUUGCAGUUACAUUUAUGUUGCUAACAUAUAUGUGGGUCAUUGGGUUGGUGACGCCUGGUCAUAUUUAUUAUGAUGCUUAUAGGUUAGGGUUUAUUUUAGGCGGUGCUUGGGGUGUUAUACUUCUUGUUGUUGCUUUGAUUCAAAUUGUAAGGACUAACACAUCCUCACCUCAUUAUGUUUAUGAUUGUGCAUUUGGAACAUGA